CCUGUCACAAUGAUACACAAUUGUAAACAUCAUACUUUGAAUAUUUCUAUAUUUCGUACAACAUAAAUAAAGCCAACAUGAGUGACGAGCCGACGAAAGCAUCCGAGGAAGACCAAGUCAAUAUUGAAUUCAAUCGUUCAUUGCUUCUCGAUCAAACAGAAAUCAUAACUGGUGAAGAGGACGAACAUGUUGUCUAUUCGCAACGUGCACAGCUGUUGCAUUUCUACGAUUCAGCAUGGCACAGGCGCGGCAUUGGUCAAUUGAAAAUAUUGAAGCACAACGAAACUGGUAAACUGCGGAUUGUGAUGCGUCAUGAGGACACUAACGAGCCGGUUUGUUUGAAUCACAUUUUGAAUGAUGACGUGACUUAUAAAGUAAAAGAUGCCAAGGCAUGGUGUUUUGCGGUUAAUGACUACAGCGAGGGAGAAUAUGAAUUCAGACAGAUGUGCUUGCGGUUCAAAACAUCGGACAUUGCAUUAGGUUUUAAGGCAGCCGUCGAUGAUGCUUUGUCUUGUUCAUCCGCCGAUGAAUUGGUUGCUAGUGAGAGAGGAACGAGUGAGCAGAGAGCGCGAAAUGAACAAAAUAAAAUUGAAAACGAAGAUGAAGAGCGGGAGAAGGAGAAGGAUGGAAAUUCCUCCGAAACUCGGAAAUAA